AUGACAUCGGUGUUGUGGCAAGCGGUGAUUUCAAAUGCUCCAGCGAAGAGAUCAGCAAGGGAGGAAACAGUUGGAAAAGGGGAGAGGAAGUUAAGAAAUCAAUUGGGUUUGUUAAAAGGGUUGGCGUCUAUUUGAAUGGUUGUAGACACCGGUGUCGAGUUCAACGGCUUGAGUCCGGUGAAGAUGAAGAAGAAAAGAAGAGGAAGGCUAGGGCUGGGGCUGGGGCUGGGGCUCACGGGAAGAGGAAGGCAAAAUGGACUCUUGAUUUAGAGUUUUUUAAAAGAAAGAAAAUAAUUUAA